GGGUCGAUUGUUGUUGGCGCACGCACUUGUUGCUGCUGCGAUCGCAUCAAUGGUGGUUCCCGUCUCGCGGACGGAUCUCAGCGUCGAACGCGACGACGCUGUUUUCUCGUCGUAGACCUCGUGUGCGUCGCGACGACGACUGCGCGCGUCGACGCGUCGCGCACACGAGGCGAGAGCGCGAUUUUCUCCCGGUCGUCGCGUACUUGUUUCAUCGCGCGCGUAACAUGCGGAUAGUUCGACAUAAUGAGGAGAGAAAAAUUGGGAAGCGAGCAGCAAUCCACCUGUGCAAUGAAUGGAGUAGUUGGAGUAUUUUUCGAAGCAUAGCUUUUUCGAGAGCAGUAUUAUCGGCGAUGUUAGUGAUAAAAUCGAACUUAUUGGCGAUGCUCUCCGUAUCUCGAUCUUGAUUUGCACAUGCGAGUUUUGUUUUUCAAAUAAUUUGAAUCGCUUCGUGGAAAAAGUGCAUUUUACAUUUAGUUCCAUUACAAGGCUGAGCUUCUGCUUCCUCGCAAAAUUCUUUCGAACCGGACCGACAUGUUUAUGUAGCAAGACGUCGGAAUAUGCUUGAAAGCGCUUUAACCGUGCUGUUGGUAUGGAUACUUACGGCUCAGCAAGGAUUAUGUGGCAAAUUGGAGAAAGUGGCCCAGCAACCGAACAACGUCCUGGUGGAUUAUUACGCCUACCGUCACAUCUCGAUUGUCCACUUCAAUGUGCCCGAACUCUCCGUCGCGAUCGCCUUCAAAUUCACGGCGAAAGAAGAGAAGACUGGCGGGAUAGGUAGAUGCCUGCCUCGCAAUGUCUCGUUGUACCUAAAGUCCGGCAGCUUGCCAUUCGUCCGUCCUGAUGGAUCGAAAGUAGCCGCGAAGUUAAUGGAGAUGAACAAACGACGGCGACAUUAUGGCCUGGAGAUGCAGAGCAACGGCGAUCAAUAUGUGAUUAAGAUAGAGGCCCCGCCGGCGGGCGAUUGGUACGCAAUCGCCUUCCGAUCCUGGGCCAAUCCCGACACGGGGAAGAUCAGGCAGCAAGGUCUCAGCGCAUCCUGCGAGACUGUAUUAGAUACCGAGAUGUUUAUGGAGGCACCAGCGACAACAUCACUGGUGAAUCCUGAGGUUGAACACGAAGUGCAAUUGGACGAGGCAUCCGACACGACGAUAGUGCAGUAUCUUAUGCCGGAUGUCGGUCUAGCGGAAGUGAACCUGACUUUGAGAUCGUCCUGUGGCGAGGAUUGCGAGAUUGCUGUUCAUAUCACGGCGGAGGACAAUCUCGCUGGUGGUCUGCUCAACUCCACGACGAUUGUCUUACCUUUCAAGCCUUAUGCCGGCGGCUUCCACUAUGUAACCCUUCGUCUACUGACUGGAAACUCAUCGAACGUGACAAUGCGAUUGGACCGUCAAACUAACAGGGAUGAUCAGGUGACGUCGGUAGUGCUGUUGAGGAAGUCCUUCCCGGAGUUUUUCCUCUUCGAUUACGAACACCUACGCGGUAACGACUCGAAACCCCAGGCGUUCAACGUGACCGCCAACGCUCUCUCCGUCCUUAGCUUCGAGAUUGGUCGAGUGUACGAUGUUGGCGGUACGGUGACUCUGGGCUUUAAACUAGUCGACGUGGAGGAAAAGUACAAGAAAAACAUCGUCCUCGUGGCUUGUGUUUCUUUAGGUUAUUACUCCAACAUCACCUCGGGUGGCGCCUGCGUUCGCGCGCAUACUGUCACGACAGCGGACAUAUACGUGAACGCGACCGAACCAGCAUAUGUACACAUUCCGUUUCCCGAGGCGGGAACCUGGUACGUCAGUUUGCGCGUUUAUUGCCCCGAGAAGGAGGCGACGGCAAUGAUGACGACGACGACGACGAUGAUGACAACAACGACGAUGAGCAACAGCAAUAAUAGCAGCACCUGCUCUUGCGCCCGCAGUUGUCUUCAGGGUAACACCGUGUGCGACAAAUGCGACUGUUUGUCGCGCUGCACCGUCGCCCGGGUGGAGAGCAUCGUGUCGUCGUCGCCGUGCAUCGAGGGUCGUUGCGGCGUACGCGGCAAGUGCAUGCAUUACAUGAGUGGUGGCUUCGUCUUCUCGGCGUGUUAUUGCACCGGCGGUUAUCGCGGCUUCGACUGCGCGGACGCGACUUACGUUCUCAGCACCGGUGGCAUACUCCUGCAGUUGCUCGCCCUGACCUUCAGCAACUUUGCCUUCCUCGGCUCGAUUUACAUAGCGAUACGUCGCGAGUACUUCACUGAGGCAGUCGCCUACACCGCGGUCAUGUUCUUCUCGAUGUUCUACCACGCUUGUGAGGCUGGCGAAAACGUCUACAGCGUGUGCAUCAUGCAACUGAGUGUAUUGCAAUUCUGCGAUUUUUUCAACGCGCUGCUCGCCAUCUGGGUGACUCUGGUGGCGAUGGCGUCGUUUGGACCGCGGUUGACGGCUUUCUGUCAGGUAGCAGGUGCUAUUGUACUCGCCAUGGGCGCUGAGAUGGAUCGCACGGCGCUCUGGGUAUUUCUACUACCGGCUGUUACUGGUUCCGCCUUGAUUGGUCUGUCCUGGGGACUCAGAUGCAGGAGGAAGCGAACUGUCAGAUAUCCCUCGCGUCCGUACAGAACUAUCUGCUUUCCAGCUGGAUUUCUUCUUGUCUCUCUGGGCCUCGUGUGUUAUGCCUUUCUACAAACGCGCAAGAAUUAUUAUAUUAUUCAUAGUUUGUGGCACGUAUGCGUGGCAAUAGGAGUUAUUUUACUUUUACCGAAGCGCCAGUAUAUGAAAUGAUAGUCCAAAAACUGCAAAUGCGUUGAGGAUAAGUCCAAGGAAAACGAAAAUAUUAUCAGAAAACUACGUGAUAGUAAAUAACCAAAGAGAUAUCAGGGAAAUUAUUAAUAUAUAAACAAAUAGAUGUCAUCGACGAUCCUACAAUUUUUAUAUGAAAUAAAUCAAGUGUCGUUUUUCAUUUUGAAAGACAAAUACAAUACAUUUCGGAAAUUUAUGUUAGUUUAAUA